AUGGCUCCCUAUGAGGCUCUUUAUGGGCGAAGGUGUAGAUCGCCUAUUGGUUGGUUUGAUAUUGGUGAAGCUGAAUUGAUUGGGCCAAACUUUGUUCAUCAAGCCAUGGAGAAAGUGAAGAUUAUUCUGGAAAGGCUAAAAACAAUGCAAAGUCAAUUAGCAGUAGUUCACCCGGUGUUCCAUGUAUCCAUGUUAAAGAAGUGUUUGGGUGAUCCUUCAUUUAUUGUAGCUACUGAAAAUAUUGGUAUUAAGGACAACUUACCUUAUGAGGAGAUGCCUGUUCAGAUUCUUGAUCGUCAGAUACAGGUGUUCAGGGUCAUCGACAUGUGCUUUGUUGAUACCAUUUACACUCCAGUUCAUUUUGGUGAGCCUUUUUGCUCUUCAGAGGGAUUCACAUUCCCAUUUUGA